AUGCCCAUCCCGCCUAACGCCACCGCAAUGGAACCGCCUCCAGUGUUAAACAACAUCCGGGCACAAAUCCUUUCAGAAAUUCAGGAAGCUGGCUCCAGAGGCGGACCAAUUCCCAACUCCUGUUCCUCCAUUUUCAGAACUAAUAUUCCCGUAACUCACCCGUUAAAAGCCCUCGUUGACGCAUCACUCGACACCAUCCUCCAAGCAGUCUCUCCCAGAACCCUUCAGUCUUACGAGACUGCUUGGAGAUGUUUCAAAGCCUUCCACUUAUCUUAUAAGAUAUUAUUACCAGAUUUUUCUCUUAUUUCAAUCACUUCAUUUAUCUCAUUACUUCACAGUAUCAAGGGCCUCCAAGUCGGGUCCAUCAAAGGUUACCUGAGUGGCAUUCACUUCUUCCACAAACUGAUGUACGGCACCCCCUCCCUGGAGAUAAAGAAUUCCCAAACCUCCCUGCUGAUCAAAUGGGUUCAAUGAUCCCAGCCAACCCGUCCUGACACCAGACAACCCAUAACACUAGAUAUCCUCACUACAUGUAUUUACACCCUCCGCACAGGCUUUCAGUCCCUCAAUACUGCCCGCACACUAGACGCCAUGUUCAUUUUAGCUUUUUUUGGUUUUCUCAGAUGUUCCGAGCUCGCUAUCACUUCAAAAUUCGACCCAUCAAUCCACCCCACCAUCUCAGAUCUAUCAGUUCUAGAUGGCGAAACAAUCUCAUUUUUGAUCAAACAAAGCAAGACAGAUCAAACUAGGAAAGGUCAUUUCAUUUACAUUUUCAACCUCGCAUCACCAAUCCAACCAUACCAGUCCGUUUUGGCAUAUCUUCAAUGGAGAACUUCUCAGGUCAAAUCCCAUCUCGAACCCCUGUUCAUAGAUGACAAACCCGUGACACGCUUCUGGUUCCAGAGUCACCUCAAAUUAGUUCUCCAACAGUCGGGCAUCCCAGCCAAAAACUUCUCAAGCCACUCCUUCAGUAUCGGGGCAGCAACCUCCACAGCUCUCGGAAGAUGGUCCUCUGAUGCCUUUCAAACUUACAUAAGGACCAACCAGUUCCACAUUAAAAAAGCACACCAAACCCUCAUCGAUUAA